AUGGCUAUUUCCUCGCUGGUCAUCUAUGGCCUUGCGUUCCGGGUGCCUGUGCAAAAACGUCUCUUCCAUGUCCUGACUGCCUUCAUCACCACCUUUGCCUUCUUGUCCUACUUCGCUCUGGCUACGGGGGACGGGAUCUCGUUCAACACAUAUACAGUGACUGAGUCACACAAGAGGGUCCCGGAUACACAUCAAACAUACAAGCGGGAGGUCUACUGGGCAAGAUAUGUCGACUGGAGCAUCACAACCCCACUCCUUCUCUUGGAUCUGGCCCUACUUGCUGGCCUCAGCGGUGCCAACAUCUUGGUUGCCGUCGUUGCUGAUAUCAUCAUGAUUUUGACGGGUCUGUUUGCUGCUUUUGGUACCAAAGGUAGUCAGACCUGGGGCUGGUAUGCAAUUGCCUGCAUUGCGUAUUUGGUCGUCGUCUAUCAGCUUGCUUUCAAUGGCCGACAGGCUGUCGCCGCGAAAGACAGUAAGACGAAGGCUUUCUAUGCUUCCAUUGCCGGCUUUACCCUGGUCGUCUGGACCCUCUAUCCUAUCAUUUGGGGACUCUCUGAGGGUGGUCAUGUCAUCAACGUCGAUUCGGAGAUUGUGGCAUAUGCUGUGCUGGACAUCCUUGCCAAACCAGUCUUCGGCUUCUGGCUUCUGUUCACUCAUGAUAGCAUGUCUAGCACUACUCCGUCGCUUGAGGGAUUCUGGUCGCAAGGCUUUGGCAGCCAAGGCACCCUCCGAGUGGGCGAUGAUGACGAUGCAUGA